GGUUGCCCCGGUAACGGGCGCGCGUCGGGCUGAGACAUGGACGGCGCCGCGGGGCGGCGGGGGCCGGGGCCGGGCCCCCCCGCCACCAUGCCGGCUGCAGCCCCGGGGGCGGCGGAGCUGCGGCAGGUGUUGGUGCUGCCGCGCGCCGAGUGGGACCGGAUCCGGGACAGCGUGGGCCGCGCCGACAGGGAGGCCGCGCAGGCCCUGGCCGAGAGGAGGGAGCGCAGGGCCCUUCACGAGCGGUCCCGGGCCCUCACCGAGCACUGGCCCAACACCGUGGCGGGCCUGGCACAGAAGAACCUUGAAGCCAGAAAGUUGCGUGAAGAAAGGGAAGAGGAAGAAAAAAAACAGCUGGAUUUGGAAGAAGCGCAGUUCCAAGCAGCAAUGAGAAGAGAGGCCAUUGAAGCAGCAAAAAUAUAUCAGUAUUAUCAGACUGACAGAGUGAAAGGGUUACAUCAAGCACUUCUACUUACUGAGGUUCUAAGGGAAAGGGAAGCUCAGAUUGAAUUUAAAAAGAAAAAAACAGACAUUAACAAAAAAAGAGAAGAAGAAAUGGAACAUGAGCGUGAGAAAGCAAUCCUUAAAGAACAAGAAAAGGCACAUGAAUGCCACAUGAAACGACAGGCACUUUGCAGAGACCAGCUGGAACAAAUAAAGGAACAUAAACACCAGGCAGAAUUAGCUAAGCUUGAGGCAAAAAGAGAAGCUAAAGGAAUUCAAAGACUUACCAGGUUAUACGAGUUGGAUGUUCUGAGAGAAAAGGAAAAGAAGGAGAAAGAAAAACUUGAACACAAGAGGACUCAUCUUGAGUACAUUGCUGACCAACAUGUUCUUAAAGCUGUAAAGGAGCAAAAAGAAGAGGAGGAAAAUGAUAAAAUUAGAGCUCACUUCAAAGCAAAACAAACUUUGGCCAAGUUGAGACGAGAAAAAGAAGCUGAAAUGAACAGGCUAAUGCAGGAACGUCAGGAUAAUAUUAUUAACUGUCUGGCUGCACAGAUGAAACAGACAUUUCAGGAGGAAGAUGAACGUGUUGCUAGAGCUGUUGCAGAGAAAGAAGCUGCGUGGGAAGAAGAACUCAAAGAAAAAGAGGAAAAACACACAGCCGAAUUGAAAUCAAUUGCAGAGUACAGAGCAACUGUCAUGAAAGUGAAAAAAGAAAAAGAACAAGAGGAGAGAUUAGAAGCUAAGAAAAAGCUUCAGGAAUUAACAGAAGCAGAUCGCAUCUAUCUAGAAAUGGAAAAAGAAAAGAAACAAAGACAACACAAUGAAAACAUAAAAACAAAAGAAUUUCAAAUCCAGCAAAUGGCUGAAAGACGGGCAAAAAGAGAGCAGGAAAAGCAAAAAGAACUGGAUUAUGAUGCUCAGAGAGAAAUUAUUGCAAUUUACAAGGAGCAGGAAUUUCAAGAAUAUGCAAAGCAAGUCAUUGAAUCAGAAUCCAAAAUAGCACAAAAUCUUUAUCCUCUUCUCAAAGCAGCCAAGGAAAGAACUGCCAGGGGCCAUGGACCAAUUUACAGAGAAAGAGGAAGAAUAAGACCUAGUUAUCAAACAAAGGAUGUCAGUGGAACUCAGCUACCUUCUUGUAGCUCUAACACCGCUCAAGAAAUUAAAGCACUACCUGACAAUGAUCCUAUACAAACAACUAAAGCAAGGCCAGGUUUUACAUAGAAAAAUACCCUUUUGAACCUUAAAAACUUCAAUAAAUCUUCAAGAGAUUUACACUGUAAAAAUGAUAUUAAAGAACUACAGGCUUGCAGUGGGAAUGGACAUAUGAACAAAGUACAGGAAACUGAAAGGUACAGAAACUUACUGUACAUCUGUAAUAAACUUUUUGUAUGCAUACAUUUACUCCACAAUAAGUGAAAGUUAACCACAGUAGUUGAUUAAUACAAACAGAGCUAAACUACUGCAGCUUAACUUUCACUUGUUAUGGAUAAAAAUGUACAGUACUGCAGAGUAGCUGAUGUGAAGUAAAUCCAUGCACCCUUUUUAUCUAACUUGUUUGUUUGCCCAUACUCCAUGGAAAAGUAAUUACUGAACUAAGUGUAAGGUCAUAAACAAAACAAUUUGUAUUUUACAAAUGUAUUUUAAACCAGAUAUGCAAACAUAAUGAUGAAUAACUACUGUAAAACUUUAUUCAUAUAUAAAAUAUGUAUUUAGAAUA